UCAGUCAGUCGCGUACGUACGCCGGCGGCCGGUCCGUCUGUCGUGUCCGUCUGUGUGUCUACACGUUUCCGUGGCCGCGGUCGUCUGUUCGUCCGUCCGUCCGUCCGCCUCGUCCACCAACCAGUCAGUGGUCGUCGUCGUGUAAUUACAAAUAGUUGUUUUUGUGUUCUCUUCGCCGCCGCCGUGGCAUUUGAAUUUUCUCGGUCUCGCCGUCGUCGCCACCCUUCAUCCCUUUCCACCUGUUUGCCGAAAACGCGAGUCGACGUGUUCCUCAUCUGACGACCGUUUUAUGCAUUCUCGAUUGGUUUUCUCGUUCUGUGACGCCUCAAACGUCGACCGGUCCGCCACCGCGCCCGAGUCUUCUGACCGCCGCACCUGUUUCCGCCUCCGUCGCGACCGUCGCCAGUGGCUCGUCGUGAUCUUCAAAAAGUUAUUUCGUACACCGUCCCUCCCCCGUGAAGCUUUGCGUGCCGUAUUAUAAAAAAUUAUGAUGUUAUAAAAUAUGUUAUUGUCACCCUCUUCCUAACCUCCCGACCUUAUACGAUUUCCGAUUAGUUCGUUUUUGAGUUUUCAAGUUUUGUGUGUACAUUCGCGUUACAGCAGCAUCAUAGCAGAGCACUUCCGUUUUCCGAUGAUAUGUGGUUUUUACUUUGAUAUCUACUCUUCGGUUGGUCACGAGGUCGUUGCGAGCGAUGCCGUAGUGGCGGUGGGGUGCCGGAAUGACAAACAGCCCUGGGGCCUACCAUGCCGCCGCCGCCGCCGAAAACAACCGUAACAUCGGUCACGCAGCUGCGACGUCUACGUCGACGACAGCGCAGGGACGCCGCAGUCAGACCGACGCUUCUCACUACAUCAUGCCAGCGGACCCGCAUAGUUGUUGUGACCCCGCUCCGACAGUUCUCUCUGGCGCCGGAAUAUGUCUGAUAGUGUUGGGCUACACGAUGUUUGGCGCUUUUACGUUCAUGACGUUGGAAAAUGGCGGCCGGGACAGCGUGCAAUCGAUCAGAGGCGGGCAGCAGCACCCACAGCCCCAGCCUCAGACCCAGCAACAACAGCAACAGCAACAGCAGCACAACCAGCCGCAGCAACACCAGCAACAGCAACAGCAGCACCAGCAACAACAACAGUCGCAGUCACAGUACCAGUUGGCCCGGAACGACAAGCUCAGGGCGCAGACUGUCGAGAAGCUGUGGAAAAUCACCGAAGACCUGAACAUCCUAUACCGGGACAACUGGACCAGGCUGGCCGAAGAGGAGAUCCUCAAGUUCCAGGACUCGUUGAUCAGGAAGUACGGGGGCCCCAACCAGACCGAUCGAAGACACCGGUGGAAUUUCGCGUCAUCGUUCCUGUACUCGUUGACGUUGAUCACCACUAUCGGUUACGGUAGCGUGACGCCGCAGACACCUUGGGGCCGAGUGAUCACGAUCGUGUACGCGCUGAUCGGCAUCCCGCUCAUGUUGCUGUACCUGUCCACGAUGGGCGAGACGUUGGCCAAGAACUUUCGGCGCAUCUACUCCAGGCUGUGUUCGCCCGGAAACCGGGAAGACAGGGACGACGGGGGUGGCGGCGGUGGACGAGGCAGGCCGGGCGGCGGCAAACGAGCGCCGCCCAACACGGUGUCCAGCAAUCACGUGGGCGGUGGCGACUAUUACCGCCACCCCUACGAGUUCGAAACCGUCUCGGGUGCGGCCGCAUACGCGGACGUCACGACAGUAGGCAUGUCGGCCGGUGGUGGACAGAAACGCGUUCCCGUGCUGCUGUCGCUGUCCGUGGUCGCGGCGUACGUUGCACUGGGAGCAUUCAUCUACCAAAAGCUCGAGCGGUGGACGCUGCUCGAGGGCUCGUACUUCUGUUUCACCAGCCUGGGCACCAUCGGGUUCGGUGAGCUGGUGCCGGGCGGCGUCGAGUCCACCAAGGAUGUGUCAGUGUUCGUGUCGUCCGGUUACAUACUGGUCGGCAUGGCCGUGGUGGCCAUGUGUUUCCAGCUGUUGCAGGACGAACUGGCUGCUAUGUCGCGUAACUGCCGGUGGUGCUGCUGUUGGUGGUGGAUGUGGUCGCAGCAGCAGCAGCAGCACCAGCAGCACCUGCAGCAAAAGGACAUCAACAUGGUCGUGUGCACGGUGGCCGGUGCCAUGGACGGCUGCGACGACGACGACUGCGGCGGUGCGAUUUCGUCCGCGACGGCUCACCCGCAUAACCGCGGACGGCAGCCGCCCCACCCGCACAACCGGAACAACGGAGUAGCCGCCGGUUCCUGACACGGGGAAUUUGGGCCGCCGCCACCGGACGCGACGGCCGCGUCGAUCGACCUGAAACCGUUGGCCCCACCACUGUCGCCGCCUCUGCCGCCGCCCCCUAAACUACCCUUAUUGCCGCCGCCCGCGUUUGACGACUGCGACGACGGUGGUUUUGACGGGGGCUGCGGUGGCGGUGGCGGAGGCAACGAAGGUGGCCUGCCUCUCCCCGCACCCCCGCCACCGUUCCAACGGCAGUCGGCCGGCCGGUGUUCCGUGCAGCAGCCCAUGAUGGGCCACCACCGGACCACGGCCCACUAUUCCGGCGGCGUCGUUUCCGAGUACUUCAUACCGCGCAGCGCCAGCGCUCACGACCUGUGCUCCGCCAUCGAGAUGCAGAAGAUCCCGCCGCCGCUGCCGCCGUCCGCGUUGCGCACGGCCGCGGCCACGCUCUCCCGGCCGCCCCGCCAGCCGGCCACGUGCCGCGACAAAAUGGUCACUUUCGAGGACGAAAAACGGGCGGCGUUCGACCACCAUCAGUCGCAGCUGCAGCAGAACCGCCGGCAGAACCAUCACAACCCGCAUAACCAGCAAGAUCAGCAGCAGCAUCACAGGUCCAGCGGAGAUUUGAUCGUGUAGAUGUCUCUCCUCCCCCAGGCGGUGUGUACAGCUAUCGUUUUAUACAUAAUUAUUUAUACAUUUAUUAUAUAUUAUAUAUAAACGUUAAUGUAACUAUAUUAUAUAUUAUUAUGAUAUUACAACAUAAUAUUAUCUACCUAUUAUUAUUAUUAUUAUUAUUAUUAUUAUGUAUAAUUGUCGUAAAGUAAGUUUUGUAAAACUCGCCGUGACGCGUCGCUCAUUAUAAUUAUUAUUGAUAUAUUAUUAUUAUGACAUUUAUAUUAUUAUUGUAUACAGAUAAUGUUCCGUCCGCCUCUGCGUGAUGUCGGGUCGUGUCCAGGCCCCAAUAACCGUUACAAUAUAAACAACGUCUGGAAACCGAGGUUAUACCUGCUAUACCGUAGCUGAGCACAUUACCCACCAACUCGGAUUCGUGCAUUAACCAUAAUAUUAUUUGUCAAUCCGACUGUUGAAAAUCACGAAAUUAGACUUUUCGUGUUUGUAGCCACGAUUACCCAUCGUACAAUAUGACGCUAUUUACAUACCCAUCAUCACGGUUUGGCUCGGCUGAUGAUUACCACUCAAUCGUCGUGUUACAGCGUCUUUGUGAUCGAGAUCACCUAGGUAUAUACCAUACAGAAAGCAAACCCACAAACUCAAAUAUUAUAACCGUAUUUCUCGUUAGGCAUUCUAAUAUUUUUUGAAGAUCACAAAAUUUCUUUUUAUUUCGGGUUCACAGCCUACAAUAAAAUAUAAUAAAUAAGAACUUAAUCAUCAGCACAGUUGGGCCAACCGUUGGUAUGAUUAUGACACUUAUUUACGAAACUACGGGUAGAUUAUGACGAUAUGUUUGAUAUUGUGAGGCGGCGGUCGCGGGACUCCAUGAACCAUAAUAUGUAAUAAAUAUAAUAUAUUAUAUUGUAUACUAUAUUGUUAAAAGCGUAUGAUAUUAUAAUAUACCUACAUAAAAACUACGUAUACGCCGAUUUUAGUCGGCACCGUUUGGAAAUUCGUUUGCUCGGAUUACCGUCUGUUUGUUUGUUUUUUUUUUUUUUUUAAUGUUCCAAACUGUUUAUUGAUACAUUAGUGUUAUUGGGAAUAAUAAUAAUAAUAAUAUAACAUUUGAAUCCAAA